CGUUCCUAUGAGGCUGUUUGAGUGAGUGACGAGCAAGAAGAAAAAUUCACAAUCUCAAGAACCACGCGGUGACGAAGAUGACUCUUCACUCCAUUGUGAUUCAGAAGCUAUUAAGCACCAAAGCCCAUGUCGGACGUCAAGUUGCCACUCACCAUUUCAAGCUAUAUACCUAUGGCUUCCGCAAUCGGAUGGCCAUCAUCGACUCCGAUAAAACUCUAAUUUGUAUGCGCAAUGCCUUGAACUUCAUUGGCUCAUUGGUUCGCCAGAAGGGUCGUUUUAUGUUUGUUAAUACCAAUUGGCUUUUUGAUGAGAUCAUUGAAGAAAUGACGAAGAAGAUUGGGUGCUAUAGCCCCAGUGCCACUGCACUUUGGAAGAUGAGUGGAAUUCUCACCAAUAGUGGAAGUCCUAAGAAGUUCAGGUCCAGGCAUAAGAGGCUCUGUUUUGGACCAACUCAACCACCCGAUUGUUUAGUGGUUAUCGAUACGGAGAGGAAAUCAUCGGUGAUUAUGGAGGCAGAUAGAUUGCAGAUUCCAAUCGUUGCUCUUGUGGACUCGAGCAUGCCAUUGGAGAUCUAUAAGAGGAUUGCUUAUCCUAUCCCGGCCAAUGAUUCAGUUCAUUUUGUCUAUUUGUUUUGUAACUUGAUUACAAAAACCUUCCUUUAUGAGCAGAAGCGCUUGGCGGCUUCUACUAAUGCAGUUGCUAUUAAAGAAGAACUUCCCAAAUCUCAACCGAGAGAGGGCUUGGAUCAAGUAGAGCAGACCAAAAGCAAUGAUGUUCUGAAGAGAGAAGUGCUUCUUGUUUCCUAUGAGAGUUUAGCACCAAUGCCAAAUGGCAUAGCAGAAAUUAGAACUAUUUUGGACAAGCUCGUUGUUUUGAAGUUCAAUGGAGAUUUGGGCACAUCAAUGGAUUCUAAUGGGCCCAAAUCUGCACUCAAAGUUUGUGGUGAUUCAAAAGUCCUUGACUUAUUUGUUGAGCAAAUUGAGUCCCUAAAUGCGAAGUAUGGAUGCAAUGUUCCAUUGAUUCUCUUGGAUUCUGAUGAAACUCACGAUGAGACAUUGAAGGCUGUGAGACAAUAUAAGACAAGAAUUGAUGUCCAUUCUUUACUUCAGGGACAAAAGUUGCCUCUGGAUACAUCUCAAAAAUCAAGGGAAGAUGAUGAUGAUUUGUAUAAUUCAGAACAUGGUCCAGUGCUCCUUUCCUUAUUGACCGGUGGAAGUCUAGAUGUACUAUUAUCAAAGGGUAGGGAGUUUGCCCUCGUCAUUGGCUCAGAUAACGUGGCUGCUGUUAUUGACCCACAAAUCUUAAAUUAUUUGAUCCAAGAUAAGAUCGAACUCUGCAUGGAGGUAACACCUACAUCAGCCUUUGAAUUAAAUAAUAGCAGUUAUUCAACUCCACAGAAGUGUCAGCUCGCAGAUAUUGGUCUAAAUUCAAGUGACUCUCCAAUGGACAAAUUCAAAUUUUCUGAUACAAGAAGCUUGUGGGUGAAUUUGACCGCGGUUAAGAGACUAGUUGAUACAGAUACACUAAAGACUGAGAACUCUUCACUUUCAGAGGACAAAAGCUGCGAUCAAAUGCACAAGCAAAAGACAGCAGUAGGCUCAAUGAUAAAGUUCUUUGAUCGACCCGUUGGUAUUAUCGUGCCACAUUCUCGUUCGCUACAACUGAGUUCAACCUCAGAUUAACUUCUUUUACAGUCAGAUCUAUACACAUAUGAUAAAGGCCUUGCAGUUUGAAAUGCAGCUAGAGCUAAUCCUGUAAAUCCAUCCAUUGAUUUAGGUCCUGAAUUUGAAAAGGUAAAGUUUGUAAGUUGCACUAGAGUAUGUGCAAUAUGAUUGUAGUUCUUGUGCUUAUUCCUAGCAUUGUUGAGCUGGAUGGUUUGACAGUAAGAGGUGACUUGUGGUUUGGAGAGGGUGUGACUUUUGAGGGGCCGGUUGGUUGGAGAUUUUGUUGGGUGAAAGUGAGCAUAGGCAAGUUAAACCUAUGUUUGAUACAAAGUUUUUAAUAAUUUGCCUGAGAAUCAUGUAUUCCCAAGCAUCAAUUAUUACUCCUAAAAGGGUUUUAUCUUCCCUUCCAUUUUCAUAGGUUAGUCCAUGUAGUUUGUAUCAUACCUCUCUUUUAUUUUCAAUAAAUUAUUUUUCUUUUAA